AUGUCCUCUGUCUUGACUGGAGGACGACUUCUUAUUCUGCGUCUCGUAAGUCGCCCUCCGUCUAGUCUCGAGGAUGAUCUCAGUAGGAAAGGAAACUCAAGACCCCAAACCACGAUAGGGCCAGUUUCUGUAGCGGGGGAAUCCAGCAUCUCUUCUAUUUUGCUCUACGUCUUCAAGGGAGAACGAGUUUGCAGCGUCUCCAGCUUCCUUCGCCCUCUGUCUCGACAAGGCUCAAGCUCCUCCUGGUCUGGUUGCGACGGUUUUCGCAAGACAGUCGUCGCCCUUUGCAAAUCGCAGCUCCUUGACCGCAGUCAGGAAGUUGGCCAUUCGCUGCGAGGCACGGGAAAUUACUAUACAAAGAAUACGAACUUUGCUGAAGCUUCUCCAUCGCUAAGAGCACCCAGUAACUUUAAAAUCAACCGAAAAACUUUAGCAAACACAACUAUGGUACCGAAAACACGAAACCUGAAGCACAGGCGCCUCUUCAGCCUCCUCGGAAGGGAGUUCGUGGAGCAGCACUUCCCGCUGCAGAAGUUCGAUGUCUCGAUCUUGGAACCUCCCAGAACAAACCCCAAGAAUAAAGAGAAAUAUAUGAGCGAAAUGCGAGAGUUUUUGCAGAACGCUCUCAACCAGGCGAUGUCGGACUGCGACUACCCCGACGACGUGUCAUCCUACCAGGAGGACGACGAGCUGGGCCACUUCCUCCACGAGGUCCGGACGAGCUUCAGGGAGGGGCUGAGGAAGCACACGGCCAUCGUCAUGUUCGAGGAGGAAGCCGAGAAACAGCGCCAGAAGGAAGAGAAACGCAAACGGAACGCGGGAAACGACGGCGGCGGCGGCGGCGGCGACUUCGGCUACGGCUUCGACACCGACGAGGGCAACGAUACGGACGACGAGCUGGAGCUGGCGAGGCGGAGGGCGCAGAAGAUGAACGCGGGGACCAAGCCUUCGGACAUCGCCGGCCGCGCCCUCGUCGCUUUCAUCGCCCACGACGAGGCGCUCAAGUGGAAGUACAUGGAGAGGAUCCGCGAGCGCCACCUCGGCCUGCCCCCCGUACUCCGCCGGUUCUUCUGGUGGGAGUUCCUGAAGGAGAAGGAAGCCGUCAAGCUGAAGCCCAAGCCGGAGGACGACUUGAAGGAGCUGGUCAAGAGGAACUUCGACAAGACGCUCGCCAAGGAGAUGAAGGCGCAGGGUGUGGACAGGGCCAUAAGGAGUAAUAACUGGAAGGUUAUUGAUCACGCUGUUAUUGAGAACUACGACAACACGGCCUGCCUCGCGACCUUGGACACGGACGAGCACAUGAUCCAGACGACGCGGACGCUCAAUAUCCUGGACGUCCACUCGAAGCAGUUUUCCGUGGCUCAGAUCUACUGGCUCAUCCCGCUGCAGUUUGCUGCUGAACACGGAGAGAAUGAGGAAACGGGUUUAUAUACUACAUAA